UGACCCGUAGCAGGGAGUAGGGAAGCAGGGGCAUGACAGCGUCGUGGGGGGGUGUAGGCCACUCCCAGCUGGUUUGGGAUUGGUGGUUUCAAAUAGCAGCAAGGCGAGGGUAUAAAUAGGCAGUUGGUGUUUCCCGCUUCCAGUCCAUUUUAGACAGUGCAGGAAAACGGCUUACGUGAAACUGCCCUGCCUAAAAUGGAGGAGAACCGGGAAUUGGCCGACCUGGUGCAGAGGUUCCGAGAGGCGGCGGCUCAACAGGAUCCUGGAUGGCUUCAGCAGCAACUACGGGACCUGCUCGUGAGGGGAGAAGCGGCACCGCAGGAGGCCCGUCCGGCACGGCGAUCCAGACCACCGGUGAGGCUGAGUCCCCAGCUAGGAGGAGGGCCCGGGAGACGAAGCUGGAGGAGCAGCACGAGCCCGCACCAGAAGAAAGCCAGGACCCGGGGACGCGCGGCGGCCAGCAGACGCGGAAGUGCGGGGGCGGAGGCAACAGAGGCAGCGAGAGCCGGUGCGGCAGUCCAAGGGAGCAGGCAAGUAUGCGGCCAGGCCCUCCCUGCAGCUCCGAGAUCAGCGGCGGGGGGGGGAAGCGGGGGGGCGGCAGCAGACCGGGAACACGCGCAGGCAGGGGAGGAACAGCCACGAACGGAGCACGCCGCUGGCCUAACAAGGGGGGAAGCGGGGAGCAGCGCACACCCACAGCCAGGGCCCGGAGGCAGCACAGGACGGGCGGAGCAGGAUGGGGCUACAAGCGGCGGAGGGGGAGCAGGAACGGGCCUAGAAAGGAGGGAGGCGGCCCCCAACCCAGCGGGUGGCCGGGAGCGCAGAGGGUCAGGCAACACGGCCCAGGGACACCACCUGGAGCCAGGAUCCAUAAGGGGGGGCAGCCCUGCAACCCGACAGGGCUGGGGACACAGGGAGAGCUGCGGGGGAAGGCAGCACCACAGCAGGCCCGAUGAGGCCGGAGGGCACAGGCAGAGGGGGGGAGACAGCAGGCACGGGCAAGGGGAGAGGCACACCCCCCAGCCCAGGAGUCGCUCCAGAAGCAGGGAGAGAAGGAGCAGGGGGAGCCAGGGCCAUAGGCACAGCCAGGCCAGGAGCAGGAGGGGGGACAGCAUGGCCCACAUUGAACCAGUGGGGGCAAGGGACCACAGGAGGGAGAGCAGGAGCAGGUCCAGAUGCAUGUCGCACCGGCACUCCUGCUGUCGGUUUUCUUCCAGGAGCAGUCCUUGCGGCUCGGAAGGAGGGUCACGAGCCAGGAGCCCACCAAGGGAUACCAGACCACGCAGGAGCCAUUCCGGCGGCCAAAGGGACGGACAACACAGUUCCAGCCAGCAGCAACACCUGACAGGGAGUGACCGGAUGGAAAGCACUGUGACGGCCCAGGGCACGGAUGCGCCCAGGGGGCCAGGAGUGGGAGCGGUUUCGGGAGGCAGCACCGGAGGCAGCGCAGCGAGCAUGUCACUUUCCGCAGAGGCUAUGGCAACUAGCGAGCACCGAUUGCUGGAGUUUGUAAAAGCGUCAGUAGUGGAGUCAACCUGGGCUGCAUAUAGCAAGGCUUGGAACGAAUGGCGACAGCUGGAGGAGUGGUCCGGGGGGCUUGGUAGCAGGCAGGAAAAGCGCACCGGCCUGGUAUGGUAUGUAGUGUGGCUUGCGGAGCAGGGUAAGUCAGCAGCUUUUAUCGACAAACGCAUGGCGGCGCUGGCGUUCCAUUUUAAGCUCGGGGGUGAGGAAGACCUAACAAAGGAAUUCCUCAUUAAGCAGGCGCUGAAGGGCAUCAGAAAGGGGAAACAGUCGCGAGAUUGGCGAAGGCCCAUUUCAUUCGAAUUGUUGGGGAGGAUGCAAGUGGCCCUGGGCACUUGUUGCCACUCCGCUUACGAGGUGGCGUUAUUUAGAGCAGCAUUUGCGCUGGCGUUCUUUGGGGCCUUCAGGGUAGGGGAGAUUGUUUGUAAGAGCAAGACCUCCUUUGGGGGGCUGUCAUCUCAGGAUAUCAGGGUCACUGAUAAUGAAGUUAGGGUUUGGUUGAGAAAGUCCAAAACAGAUGUUUUAGGAAAAGGGAAGGAUAUAGUACUUUUCAAAGUGGAUGGCGGGAUGGCAUGCCCAGUUGGCUGUAUGCAGCAGUUUCUGAAGGUACGUCAGGAAGGAACCGGAGUGUUCCUCAUACAUGAGGACAGGACCCCUCUGACCCGUUUUCAGUUUACUAGCAUUAUGAAGAAGAGUUUGCAACUGUCAGGAGUGAGCCCGGAGAAGUUUGGGACGCAUUCCUUUCGUAUUGGAGCAGCAACCGAGGCGGCCAGCCUCAGUUUGGGGGAAAAAAUGGUAAUGCAAAUUGGAAGAUGGGAAUCAAAACGGUUCCGGAGUUACAUACGGCCAGGUUUACUAGUUUAAAGAGUUUGGAGGCCGAAGGGUUGGUCCCGUUUUGAGGUUGAUAAAGUAAGGGGUGGAUGGGUGACCCCCUUCAUGUGAAUGCAAUGUAUAUGCUAUUUCCUUGGUUUUAAACUUACUUUGUUUUGACAGGCUGCAGAGCGGUGGUGUGGCUGUUAGGACAUUCCUACGUGAGCUGGGCCCGAAGGAGAGCCGCAGUUAAAAGAGCGGGAGUGCAGCUGGGCU